AAAAAGCUCAACCUUAUAGCAACCCUGUGUGGGUGGAUCAGUGUCGCGUUGCUAUAAAUCACAGGGAUAAGCCCAGCCGGCAGCAUCUACUUCGACCCUGUUACAUCGCUUUGUAGGAGGCUUUCAGCAUGUUAAGUUCUGUAAAAACAUUUGUGUUCCUGGACCUGGAGGCCACAGGACUAAAUAAAUAUCUUCCGAAGAUCACCGAGAUCUGCUUGGUAGCUGCUCAUAUCUCCUCUCUGCAGAACCCAGUUACCAAUGAAUUUGGAGAGAUGCAACUUCCCCGGGUCCUUGACAAGCUCUGCCUAUGUGUUGAUCCAGAGAAGACCAUCAACAGAUAUGCUUCUGAAAUCUCAGGCCUCAAUAAUAAAAAUCUGGGUGAAAACGAGAAGCAAAACUUCAACUCGGGCCUCAUUGUUCUCAUAAAGGAAUUCUUGGAUCGCCAAGCUAAGCCAGUCUGCCUUGUAGCCCACAAUGGCUUUAAAUUUGACUUUCCACUUCUGAAGACAGAGCUGAAGGAACAAGGAAAUGAUUUUUCUAGCUCAUUGCUCUGCCUGGACACUUUGCAUGUGUUCCAGGAGCUGGAUACCCUGGAGAACGGUGCUCCUAAAAAGGGGAAAGGGUUUUACACUCUUUCAGAACUUUAUAGACGGUCUGUCGGGAAGGAGCCAAUUGAUUCUCAUCAUGCUGAAGGUGAUGUACAGAUGCUCAUUAUGAUCUUCAUGUCCAAAGCAAAACAGGUGAUUGAGAAAACCUCUUACUCUUUUAAGAUGUGGAGUGAAAUCAGUCCUAUGUAUGUCACUAGGCGUUAAUAAAUGGAAACAACUUUGGAAUAGAUCCAUUUCUGCAUGUCCCAUGCUUGGCCUCUCUUCUAAGUGAUUCUAGAAGGACUGGUUACA